AUGUCUGAGGACCGGCCGGCCGACGACCAGGGCGAGGGCGUCGACGCUGCCGUGGGACUGCCGUCAGACGUGCUCCAAGAACUGACUACCAACAUCCUCGACGACUUGCUGAGCAACAUCGUCUUCACCACGGCCCUAUCAUGCCACCGAUCCGAGAAGCUGCUCCGCAUGCAGUCGGCCGCCACGCAAGCCGAGUCUAUCGCCCUGGCAAACCUCGAGCCGCAGUCGCAGAAGCAAAACACGACAGGCGCCACGUCGAUACCCGUCGCUGAGACAUCGGCAGCAAAGUACGACAAUGGGCGCGUCUUCCUCAAGGGCAAUCCGCUCAAGACAACGCCUGAGAUAAUAUGUCCGCACUGCAAGCUGCCCCGGUUGAUGCACCCCAUCAUGGGCAAGGGCAUGCAGAACCCAGACCUGACCAAAGAGUACUGCAUGCUCUACCCCUUCGUCCAGCGAUCGGGCCACGACGUCUACGGCAACCCCUUCCCCACCGACAUGGCCAAGAGCAAGAAGGAACGCGAGCUCAUCAAGCAGCAGCAGAAGAACGCCGAGAAGGAGAGCGUAGGCACGCCCGGCUCCCAAGACACAGACAUGGCCGGAGGCGACACCAAGGAAAUCAAGCUCAACACGGGCGGCAAACCCGCUUCCUACAUCCCCUGGCACACGUGUCCCAACUGCAAGCGCAGCUUACUCAUAACGCGCUUCGCACAGCACCUAGAAAAGUGCCUCGGCAUCAGCGGGCGGCAGAGUAGUCGCAACGCCAUGGCCAAACUCACGGGACAAAACGGCGGCACGGGUUCAGGUCUCGGCAACACGCCGCUGGGAAGUCGCAUGGGCACGCCCGCGCCCGGCGAGUCGUCAUCCGCCAACAACCCCAAGACGAGUAGCAAAACAAAGGGCAUCUCGCCCGUUAAACGUCUCAAGGGCGAAAAAGACGACGAUGCCGACGCUGAUGAUAUGGACAACGAUACCCCCGAACGCCGCAAGAUGAAGAAGAAGUCGUCCUAUGUCAAGAAGGCUGAUCGUGAUAAGCCAUCUUCUAACUCGACUACCACUUCCAACGGUAAUGGUAAUGGCACGCUCAAAGUCAAGCUGAAAACUAGUAGUGGUGGUAGACCUGAUCUUGGGGAUAGAAAACACAGCGAGAGUAGUGAAAGGGGCGAGGGCAAGCGCGACCGUGACGCUGAUGAUGUCGGUGGAGAUUCACCCAAGAAGAAGAAGAUUAAGCUUAGUUUGGGUCCUGGUGGUGGGGGCAAGGAUAGAGGGAGGGCGAGUGCGAGUGUGGAGCCGUCUGUUAGGGGUGCGAGUCCAGAGUAG